GGCCAAAGUUAUUUUUGCAAUGGAGACUGGCACCAUCGCUGGCAAUUUGCACUUUAAUGAGCCGAACCCUGACAUUCCAUCUCUGCAAAACGGUAGCAUUGAAGUUGUGGACAAGCCGACACCUUUCCCAGGAGGCCCAGUUGGCGUCAAUUCCUUUGGUCUUGGAGGUGCCAAUGCGCACGUGAUUCUGGAAUCUAUUCCAGGGCCUCACGUGAAUGACAUUGCACGUGAUAAGCCAGAGCUGCCAAGACUUGUUCUUGUGGCCGGUAGAACAAAAAAUUCGCUUGAGCAAACUAUGGACCGGCUGGUUACCGAGGGACCCUACCAGGAUUCCGCGUACGCUCUCCUCAACAUUGUCGGCCAACCAUGUGUCACGCAGUUUCCCUUCCGAGGCCACGUGCUGGUUCCUGUGGAUGGUUCUGGAAAAGAGGUCAUCAAAGCCGCGAUGGAAGCUCAGUCGACGAAGCAGCCGCUGUGGUUUGUUUUCACUGGAGUUGGGUGCCAGUGGAAUAGCAUGGCGAAGCAGAUGAUGCAUUUUGACUUGUUUGCGCGCUCCAUCCAGAAGUCACACGAGCUCCUUAAGCAAUUUGACAUUGACCUCAUAGACCUGCUAACUGGCAAGAAGGAGGAUAAGUCCGUGGCAUCACUCUAUGGAUGUAUUGCUGCUGUUCAGGUGGCACUUGUGGAUGUGCUGUUCGCCUUGGGAAUCAGGCCAGACGGCGUGGUAGGCCACUCGCUGGGAGAGAUGGGCUGCGCCUAUGCCGACGGAUGCCUCACAGCCGAACAGACCGUACUGUCGGCCUACUGGCGAGGACGCUGCGUGGACGAGGGUGACCUGCCUAGGGGAGCGAUGGCCGCCGUCGGUCUAUCGUGGGAGGAGGCUACAAGACGCUGCCCAGAUGGCGUACAGCCAGCUUGCCACAACGCAGAGGGCUCUGUUACUAUAUCCGGAGCAGCCGAAGAAGUAGCCAAAUUCGUCGAAGACCUUAUGGCUGAAAACGUUACCGUCCGAGAGGUGAACAGCUCAGGCGUGGCCUUUCACAGCAAGUGCAUGGAGAGCAUCAGACCGGCCUUCACGGAAGUCCUGCAAAAGAUUAUUACGGAACCGAAACUACGCAGCAAGAGUUGGUUGAGCACUUCACUGCCACCGCACCGCUGGCACGAGUCUCUUGCUCAGAGAUGCACACCAGAAUACUGUGCAAACAAUCUCGUAUCACCGGUGUUUUUCUUCGAAGCUGUGCAACACGUUCCCAAGGAUGCCAUCUUGGUUGAGGUUGCACCCCACUGCCUACUUCAGUCGGUUUUGAGACGCUCUGUUGGCGCGGACGCCACUUGCCUUGGCCUGAUGAAGCGGGACGCGGACAACCUGAGCUUCUUCCUGAACUCUUUGGGCCAGCUGCACUCGCUGGGCGCGCAGUUUGACCCGUCUCCGCUGUACCCGCCUGUGCCCCUGCCUGUACCACGUGGCACCCCGAACAUCGCGCACCUCGUCAGCUGGGACCACUCUCAGCAAUGGACCGUUGCCAAAUGGAAGGAUUUUGCUACGUCGGCCCAGCUUUCCGAAGAAGUCAUAGAGGUUGACAUCGACGACUCUGAACGGGACGCAUACUUGGCUGGACAUCAACUUCAAGGCCGCAUUCUGUUUCCUGCGAGCGGCUACAUAUUGAUGGUCUGGAAGUCCCUGGCAAAGCGCUACGGAAAGCCGUUUGAGAAGCUUUCAGUAGUACUAGAAGAUUUGACAUUUCACCGUGUCGUCAUUCUGCCUAAGACAGGUACCGUGCGGUAUCUCGUGAACAUCAUUCGAACAUCCGGGGAGUUCGAGAUCUCCGAGGCAGGAACGGUGGUCGCGAGCGGCUCCAUUCGUCUGGCUGCGGAGAACGAGAAGCUCCUCGACGAAGAAGCGCUGGCCACGCCAACCGACACGCUGGCCUACGAGCUCGAAGCUGAAGACAUCUACAAGGAGUUCCGGCUACGGGGCUACGAGUACCACGGCGUAUUUCAGGGCACAACAAAAGCUGAAAUACAUAGACCAUGCGGCAAGCUCAAGUGGGACGGUAACUGGGUGUCAUUUAUUGACACCAUGCUCCAGAUGACUCUCCUUUCCAGCUCAAAGAGAAUCUUCAAGCUGCCGGCGAAGAUCCAGUCAUGCCGCAUCGACCCCAAUGUUCAUUCCGCUGCCGUUGAGAAAGCUCAAGGAAGCGGCAUCGACGUUGUUUACGACGUCUCCUUCAACACGUGUCAAGCUGGAGGUGUAGCUGUGCAAGGAUUAAAGACAAGCAUCCCAAUAAAGCGCAUCGUAGACAAUACGCCAAUCAUAAACGAGUACAAGUUUGUACCAUACAUAGACGAUGAGUUGAGCCAGCAAAACAGGCAAGCAUGCAUUGAAGAAUACAUGAACAUAUGCAAUGACCGGGCCGCACGUGCUCUCAAGAACUUCAGCAGCAAUGAGUAUGAUAUCUCUGAACUUAAGGAACAGAACAACCAUGUUCCCGAAGAAAUCCUUCGAAGGCUUCUGGAUAAUGACGCUGGAAACCACGGCCUUUUGAGAGUCCUUGCCACCGUAGAGGAACAGGUGAAGAUUUCCGCUUCCUCACCGGAGGAUAUCAUCCAAUCUGCAGUGGAGGCCUACAGAAAGGAACUUGAAACUGACCUUCUGACGACAGCACUCUCUGAAGAGGAUCCAUUUAGGCACCUCCUUGACGUCGUCGUGGAGAACACUAGCCUGAAGUCGAUUCAGGUUCUUGAGACGACAGCCCCGGGAACUCACUGCAUUUUGGCCCCCCGAGUGUCUUCGUUGUUGGUCAUGAGCAAUAUGCUCCUAAAUAUCGACUACACUGUGGCUCGCCAUACCAUGGAUAAGGUUAUGCCAGAGAAUGUCCCACAAGGCACCAAAAUAGUAAUGUGGGAUCACAUCUCAGCCUCGAAUGAACGACUGCACGACGCUGACCUGAUUGUCACCUGCCUCUACCCCUGGAGUUCAUACAGCAUCGAUAUAUUGAUUGAGAAGUUCUCGAAACUGUGCAAAAAGCAAGGCUUUGCCAUUGUGUUCCACCGUACCGCUAUGACGGUGGCAGAAAAACUCAUGUCGUCCAUUGGAAAGUGCAAUUUCACAGUGCACUCGAUUGAAAUAAUUAAGUCACUGUUCCGGUCUCAUGGAUUCCAAUUGAUUGGCCAAAAGUCGAACAGCAUAUCUGCACUACUCUUGUUUAGAAGAACGGUCGUGACAGCUGAGACAGCUAACCCAUUCCUCCUCAGGGUAAGCAAUGCCAAAUACGACUGGGUGGAGGUACUUAAGGCCAAGGCUGCAGAAGUGGAACAAAAGCCAGCAGGCCAUAACCUUUGGCUGCUUGCCGAGGACGGCGGUAUCAGUGGUGUGGUUGGUUUGACAAACUGCCUUCGCAUGGAGACCGGUGGAAGCCGCCUUAGAUGCCUGUUCAACGCAAGCUUCAAUGAUUCAGAAGAAAUUGACUUCAGCCCGAGAAACCCAGACUACAAUGAUAUACUGGUGAAGGACCUUGUCAUGAACAUCUACCGUCACGGGCAGUGGGGAUCCUUCAGACAGGGAAGCCCACUCAAACGUGGUGAUCCAAAAGUUCUCACAGAGCUUGCUUACCUCGACAUGGAAAUGCGUGGUGACUUGUCCAGUUUACAUUGGUACGUGUCACCGCUGCGAUACGCUCUCUCCUCCACUUCAACUACUAAGACCAUCUGCACAGUUUACUACGCUGCCCUCAACUAUCGUGACGUCAUGCUCGCCACUGGUAAACUUUCAGCUGAUGCUCUUCCCGGUGAUCUCGCCACUGGUGACUUGCUCUUUGGCAUGGAAUUCUCUGGCCUCGACCACCGGGGGCGCAGAGUCAUGGGCCUUCUGGCAGCGCAGGGCUUGGCCACUGCCGUGGCGGUGGACCCAAGCGUCUUGUGGGAAGUGCCCGAAGCGUGGAGCCUUCAGCAGGCAGCCACCAUACCGAUGGCCUAUGCCACAGCCUACUACGCCCUCCUCGUGCGUGGGCACAUGCGUCCUGGAGAAUCGGUGCUCAUUCAUUCAGGAAGUGGAUGCAUCGGACAGGCAGCCAUUUCCAUCGCACUUUCUAUGGGAUGCAUCGUCUUCACGACCGUCGGUUCUAAUGAGAAGAGAGAAUAUCUAAUUCACCGCUACCCAAAACUGGAAGCAAGAAACAUCGCAAGUUCACAGAAUCUGUCCUUUGAAAAACAAGUACUUCGAGAAACUAAAGGAAGAGGUGUGGACCUCGUGCUCAACUCACUGGCAGAAGACAAGCUCCAGGCCAGUGUUCGCUGCCUCGCAACACACGGCCGCUUCCUGGUGAUUGGAAAAGUCGACAUGUCUAAUGGCUCCUCAUUAAAUAUGUCUGUGUUCCUGAAAGGCGUCAGUUUCCACGGGGUCUUGGUGGAACUUCUAAACGGCGAUGACGCCAUUGCAGUUGAAGAAAGGCAUCGCGUCGCAGAACUCAUCCGCGGUGGAAUCGCGUCGGGUGCCGUGAGGCCACUUGAUGCCGUCGUGUUCCCACAUGACCAAGCGGAGGAGGCCUUCCGGUUUAUGGCUUCAGGAAAACAAGUAGGCAAAAUUGUGCUCGAGAUUCUGCCGGAGAAAACCCUUCAGAAAAAUGAAGUGCCCAGACCGCUCAUCGUCGAGGCCACCACACGCACCUGGUUCUACGGGCACAAGUCGUACGUCAUCACUGGUGGCCUGGGCGGUUUCGGCCUUGAGUUGGCCGAGUGGAUGGUGAACCGCGGAUGUCGGAAGCUUCUCCUCACCGGCCGGUCAGGAGUGCGUACAGGGUACCAGCGACUUUGUCUGCAUCGCUGGCAAGAGGCUGGAGCCAAGGUCAUUGUGAGCAAGAUUGACGCAUCCGAGGAAGACGGUGCCCGAAAGAUUAUUGAAGAAGCGACAGCUAUGGGACCCAUAGGAGGCAUAUUCAUCCUAGCUGUGCUGCUCCGCGACGGGCUCCUUGAAAACCAGACAGCCGAGGCCUUUGAGACAGUCUUCAGAAUAAAGAUUGAUGGGACCCGACACCUGGAUGAAAUCUCGCGCCAGGCGUGCCCUGAACUGGACCAUUUCGUCGCUUUCUCAUCCCUGUCUGCCGGUGUCGGCAACGUCGGACAGACAAACUACGGCUACGCUAAUUCAGCAAUGGAACGCAUUUGCGAGCGGCGUGCUGCACGUGGGCUACCCGGGCUGGCUAUCCAGUGGGGCGCCAUCGCUGAUGUGGGCGCGUUCCACGAGGCAAUGGGCGACGACGCCACUAUCGGCGGUACCACGCCUCAGCGAAUCAGCUCGUGCAUCAAGUUGAUGGACCGAUUUUUGAACCAGAAUCAUCCUGUCGUUUCGAGCUGCGCUAAGGCAGACCUAUCCACCGAGGACGACAGCAACAAGUGCGACCUCAUCGAGGUGAUCGCACGAAUCCUCGGUGUCAGGGAGCCAGCAAGCCUGAACCCCGCCAUUUGUUUCACCGAACUUGGCAUGGACUCUCUUAUGGCCGUCGAAGUGAGGCAGGCAAUCGAGCGGCACAUCGGCCUGACGCUAUCCGUGCAGGAGAUCCGGCAACUGACCAUCAAUGGGCUGCAGGAAUUGAGCGAAAAUACCAGAGUCAGAUAGACAGCUUAAAUACAGCUUAUGGACAACAGUAGCAAGGAUUUAUGAAGUGGACCCUAAAAAUAUCGCAUGCAGUAAAUUUCAUAACAGAUAAUCCCACAAUGGUGGCAUACUGCCUUGCCAUGAAAAGAAAACUUUAAUUUUUGCAAGACGAACGUUUCUAGCCCUUUCCUUCUUAUAUGAAUGUUCCUACACUACAUAUACAGCGAAACACAUGUGUAAGGAUCUCCUCCUUCUCCUACCCAAUGCCUUUUGGUAUUGUCUCUAACCACUGCGAUUUUUUUUUCGUCAUCACAGUGAUCGCUAUAACAAGUGGCGGGUGUGCAAACAAAAGACAAUAAGGCUACUUUCACAAACACACGCACACAAAGCAAAAAUGUUUUGAGAAUGCCUGCCCACUUCUAGCCUUAAGCCUUUGCUGCGGAUGCCUAAUUGAAUGCUUCCAAAAAUGGAAAUGAGGAAGCUAUACUGCACCACGUCAUAUUACAGCGUACUUCUGAAUCUCACAAGUACGUUGCGCUAAAGGGGCCCUAAAGACAAGAAAUAAAGUAUAUAUUGCGAAUAAAGUGGUGAUCCAAAAAUCUAUACUUACUACUUUCGUGGUAGUAGGUUGUUUAGAAGGAGUGAAAUCGAAGGUCAAAUUGGAAGUUUUUUAAUUCGGUGCCGAUACCAAGGCGCGCAACGUAAUUGCGGUGUCCUAUAAUUCAAUCUUCUUUUGUUUAGUGCUUGGGACAUUUUGUGACUCUAAAUGUUGUUAAAGCUUGGUAUAUUGAGUCUGUCGCUCACUUAAAAUGCAAUCAUGUGCAUUUUUAUCGUCAAAAAUUGACUAGCCGCGAACACACGUCGCAAACAUUGAUGACCUCAGGGCGUGCGAAAGCUGGA